GGUGGCGCGCGUUGUUCACUUCCCCUCAUUGUGCCCACAUCAAUGAUUCGCAAUUGACCUACCAUGUCCCACUAUAGGAUUGUCAUUUGAUCUCGCGUCAAGCUCCAGUUACCGUAGACCCAGCGGUUAGUUUGCUUGGGACGGUUGCACCCAUCGGCAAGGUGAAUGCAUACCGACUUUAAUGUAUAAAGCGGCCAUCGAAACCGAGCCGAUCAAAGAUACUAGUUGAUUAAAUAAUUGACCAUUUUGCAGUUAGAUGACACCCAACUUAUCUAGUUUCUCAAUCGUCCUGCUCAUUUCAUCUCGUCGCCCCAUGCUUUAGCUUUUGACAGAACUUUAAAUAAUAGAGUAUCUUUAUACUUCCACCCCGCAAAUCACGUCCCUAAUCUUUGACAGCAUCUCCGCAAACCUACCUAAGUACCUAAUACUAGCCCAACAUGCCUCAUAGCGAAUCCACCCGAGAGUUUGCCCCGGAGACCUAUCCCCCCUUUCCAGAUGGCUUCCCUACCAUCGAGCUAGAAACAAUCUCGCUCGCCAAGAUCCUGGCCGACAGUGACUCGACCGAGGCGGACCGCGUCUUCGAGAUAUGCAAGGGUCGCGGCUUCUUCUACCUCGAGCUGCCGGGAUGUCCCGCCGGCGACAUCAUCGUCGAGGGCGCGGACAAGGUGGCCGCCGUCGCGGAGGAUGUGUUCAAACUACCACUUAAGGAGAAGAUAAAGUAUCGGAUACAGGGAGACUCGCUCGACGGGUACAAGCUUGCGGGCGAGACUAAGACAGAUAAGGCUGGAACCAAGGACACCGCCGAGUUCUUCAACCUAGGGAAGAAUGAAAUGAUCCUACCAGAUGAUCAAAUGAGGAAGCCAUGGCCAGAGCUGGUCAUGGCGUCCAAGCCGAUGUUCAAAGAGUACGUCGAGACUUCGCACAGUGUCGGCUUGCACAUAUUGGGUAUUAUCGCGAAGAGGCUCGGGGUCGACCCGCAAGAAUUCGCCAGCCGUCAUCGCAUCGAAGAGCAGUCUGGUGACCACAUCCGCAUGACGCGGGGACCGCCCAGGGACACGGAGGAAAUGCCUGAGAUCCAGACCCCGAGCCACACCGACUUCGGCACUAUCACCCUUUUGAUGAACUGGCUGGGCGGUCUUCAAGUUUGGUCCGAGUCGGCGCGCAAGGCGCAACUUCUGAAUCACGAGCCUGAUACACCUGGCGAGUGGUUGUGGGUGAAGCCAAAGAAGGGCUGCGCAAUCAUCAACUUAGGCGACGCAGCCGUGAAGUUCACCAACGGCGUGCUCUGCGCAGGCCGCCAUCGCGUGAUCCCGGCUCCAGGGCUCCAAGGAAAGUACCCGCGCUUCAGCAUAGUAUACUUCGUGAGACCUGAGGACCAGUGCGUUAUGAAGCAGCUACGAGCCCCCGGUAUACCGGAUGGUCCCGAGGAGGAGCAGGAUAUUUGCGCCAGAGACUGGAUCAAGCAGCAGGCGGCUGGGCUAGGUGUUCAGUUCAAGCACGACCCUCAGAAGAGCUGAGUAUUUCGAUAAUCAUGAAGACAUGGGCGCAAAAGGCUAGUCUUAAAGAAGCGCGGGGCCGUGGUGUGUUGGAGCUAAUAACAGUGAUUGGUGAUUUCUACAUACAGCGACGGGAAUUCGCUGCAACUAUUCGGGUCACAGUUUGCGGCGUGUGUAUUCAACCCUUAGUAUAAUAAAUUAUUAUCAUACCUAGUAUAGCAAAACUACUGACAGUGUU